GAAGAAGUCGAGGAAACUGAUCCAAUAUGCUGUCGUAUCACAAAACAAUUCUGGAACCAUCCCAACUUAAAACCACCUUAACCUGCCUCAGAUUUUGUUUGAAGAUCAUGGAGAGAAAACUGAUAGAMACACAAGACGGCAAUUCAUGCUUUCGAUCCAGCGCUGCCAGAGCCUUGGCAACAGCGCAAGAACUCCGAGAAUCAAACGCGACUUCMUCGGGUGUAGGAACCACAUCCGAACCGCGCAGAGCGAUCGAUUACAGAACCGAAAAUAAGACCACAAAAUCGAACCUUGAGAUUCUGCGCAACCUUAUCAACGAGAACGCCGACAAAUUUUGGAGGGAAGACCAGAAGCGCGACUGCAAAGAUUCUUCUGGUAGUGAUUGUGACAAUAGAGAUAUGGAUGUAGGCAACAAAAUGAAUWGCUACGAAAAUGAUCUAGUCUUUUUUACAGAUCGAAACUCUGAAUCCCAAUCGCUGGAGAAACGAAAAAGACCGGAAUCAAAUGAUAGCGAUGGCGAAAGUCACUAUCAAGCAUUCCAUGUUCCCAAAAGGAGGAAAGUAACCGAUAACAGCAACAGCAGCGGCAAUAGUAUAUUGAACACCAGGCAWCAAUUACAAGCUGGCACGGGCAAGAGCCAAAACAGCAAYAACGGUUGCAUUCCUUCGAGGGAGGACCGAGCCAUUCUAUCCCUUGUYGGUGAUUGGCUCGAAGAUUCCAUCGCAACCGUCCAGAAGCAGCAAGGGGCGCAGCAAACGCAUGRCGGAUCCCCUUCGCUUGCGACCACGACGGCGACGACCGCGAUGGAAAUGCUCUCGGAAGUUGUGAAGMUGAAACAAACCAAGACGAUAACGAGGAGUGCMUCAUUAGMAGUUACACAACAAACACAAGAACAGAAGCAAUCGAAAGCAAACUCWUCGUCAACAUCSAUAGAGAGCGAAGAUAUUGAAAAUGAAGGUUCAACUUUCCUGCCGUUCUUAUCGAAUACGGAAAGAACAAAUGCUCCAAACAACAACGAAGACGACGAUGAAGACGACAAGAAGACCGCCUUACACUAUGAAAUUGGUGGCAAGACUGCGUCUGCACUUGUGAAGGACAUGUCGAAGAUUCUGCGCGCGAUUGCCGCGGUCUCCAGAUCGUCUGGAACCGAAGUAAAUGCUCUCGAGGAAMACAACAAGAGAGGCAGCAAUAGCAGUAACGGAAGCACGAAAGAGGGAUCCUUGAUUUGCAACGAGAUUUUCGAGAAUGAAGAUGAUGUCGACGACGAUGACGACGACGAAGUUGCGGAAAUUUCUCCGGACGAAAACUAYGUUGAACAAAACCUCGUCUGCCGGGAAUCCGGCCUGUUCGAUGGAGACGGCGACAAAAGCACAAGGGACCCAAACGAAGACCACCACCAGACCACAUCGCAGCUCAUCGAGCAAAAGGUUGCGCUGUUGCGAACGAUGUGCCGUUUGAUUCGUUCAAAAACCCUGGUCUUGACCAAGCGGCGCAUGAGAAACUUCCACGAAAAGACGAGUGCCAUAGAGAAUCCCUUAUGAACGAAAGCUGAUACCGCAAUAGCUAGGUGCAUGAACACACAUGUAAAUAUCUUUAAAGAAGAGCUAUAUCGGGACAAUAUUUUAUCGCAACCUGAUCACUAAUGGGACGGAUGCCUCAUCAGUAUAAAUUGUGAGAACCUAUUUUGCUAACUGUUUUGAGUCUUCUGGAAUGGCUGUUUUCGAACGAUUGGUGCUUGUAUAAUCACGUGCUAUAAUUUGCGAAUAAAUCCGAUUGCACCCCCAAGUAUGAGAAGAAAUGGUAGAAAACGAAUGAUGUGACGGAAUGCAAUGCAACGCAACGAGUAGCGCAAAAGUUGUGUUGUUCAUACCCAUCAACGGCGCAGAAUAGUCUAUUGCUGAUGCGAUUAACGACUCAACGGGUCGAUAGUAACAUCUAUUCUUGACCGAUGAUGAAUAUGAAGAACAAUCUCGUGCYUUGCGGUUGACGCUUGUUGUCUCCUUUCGCUCUCCCCGUAGCAACUGYAGACGCACCACGAGCACACACAAUCCACAAAGAACCCCACAGAUCGUUUGCGUUGGAUUGCAUCACAUCACAUCGCACAACACUCCUCCGUGAAACAGAAACCUUUGAUCAGAAUAAUCAAGUCGCUAGAUCAAUAGCAAUGAGGUUUGCCGCCAUAGCAGUGCCACAAGAGAGUGCAAGACGAAGAAUAUGGAGAACAACUGAAACGAAAUAGAUACUGAAAUGAGUCCAGACCCAUCAGAGAAAUAGGAGUGGUAAGUUAGAUCAGAUCAGAUCAGAUCGAUCGAAAUCCAGUCUAGUCGGGUCAAGUCCAACUCAAUCCAAAAUACCUUCUCAAAGCUUCGGCGGACAUCGCCACUCAGUACCGGAAAGACAGAAGAAACAGAAGAUAGCAAAUAGGAGAUAAGCCGACAAGUUCAGCCCAGCAACAACUUUCCACCAAACCAGUUACCUUUUGCUACUUUUGACACAGGUAUCGUUGGAUCUUUUCAUGGGUUGUACACCAGUGAAAUAGAACGAAAUAAAACCAAACGUUUACU